AUGGCUCAAAUACGGGGCACGGCGGGUUAUAACCUCGGUGCGCAAGACAAUAGAUUCGGGGGACCUGGCAGGGCAGACGCAACGAAUGAUCCAAGUCCACUGGAACAGCUCAGGGAGCAGACCAACAAGAUCGAGGAGUGGUUGGAUACCGCCGCCGACCCUAUCAAACAAUACAUACCAGCAGCUGGACGCUUCCUCAUCGUGUGCACAUUCAUGGAAGAUGCAAUAAGGAUCAUGACCCAAUGGAAUGAUCAACUUCUCUACCUCAAGGACUACAGACACAUACCCUGGGGUCUCACACAUUCAUUCCUUUUCCUUAAUGUCAUCGCCAUGAUCAGCUGCUCUACCCUUGUCAUUAUCCGCAAAUACACCGAAUACGCUGUCUUUGGCCUCAUUGGGGUCGUCAUCACCCAAGCCCUCGGCUACGGCCUCAUCUUCGACCUCAACUUCUUCCUGCGCAACCUUAGCGUCAUGGGCGGCCUUCUUAUGGUCCUGAGCGAUAGCUGGGUGCGCAAGAAGUUCGCACCAGCCGGAUUACCUCUGCCCGCGGAGAAGGAUCGCAAGAAAUACAUUCAACUAGCUGGGAGGAUCCUGUUGAUAUUGUUGUUUGUGGGAUUCAUAUGGAGUGGGGACUGGGGGAUUGCCAGGAUAUUGGUUAGUCUAUUUGGGUUGGUGGCUUGCGUGAUGGUUGUAGUGGGCUUUAAGGCCAAGUGGAGUGCGAUUCUGUUGGUGGUGAUAUUAAGUAUCUUUAACCUGGUGGUGAACAACUUUUGGACGCUGCACGAACAUCACCCGCACAAGGACUUCGCCAAAUACGAUUUCUUCCAGAUUCUUUCCAUUGUUGGCGGGCUCCUUCUGCUGGUCAACAUGGGCCCUGGCUCCUUCAGCGUUGACGAGAAGAAGAAAGUGUAUUGA